AUGGUGGACAUCAAUGGCCAGUACUUCGAGGCUUUUGAUAUCUGCUGGAGCCAAGAGUAUGCGACUGGGAUGCCAUGUUCCUUUCGGCCACUUCACACGGUCCAUGUCGCGAAGCAAACUGAGGGUAACAUUUAUUUUGCUGGGGAGCAUUUGAGCCGACAUCAUACUCGGACUGCAGACGCAAUUGACUCGGCCAUCCAAGUGAUGAUGCAAAUUCAGGGCGAGAAAGAAAUCCAAGCACUUGGCAGUGAGGAUAACCUCGAGUGUAUCGUCAACUGCUCAGUUGGACUUCUUUCUCUUUGGAAGUGUGGAGGUGACAGGGCGGUGAGCGACGCGACCAAUGGGGGCAUCGGCACCUCUCACUGCACUCAAGUUAUCAUCUGCUUCAAUAGAACUUGCCCUACACUUUCGAGGAGUGUGCAGAAAUUUGCGGAAGGGCUGAGCACUGUGAAGAAAGAGGGGACACAGGUUGUAUCUCGUUCUGCCGACAAUGGUGUACUGUUGGACACAGGCUGA